GUGCGGCAGCUCCCCCCUCCCCCUCCCCCAGUUGCUAACAUGGCGUCCCGGAGAUCUCGCUCCGCCUCAGAACAUGACAGUGAAGAUGACUCAUAUGAAGUUCUGGAUUUAACAGAAUAUGCAAGGCGUCAUCAUUGGUGGAACCGGGUGUUUGGCAGAAAUUCUGGACCUAUUGUAGAAAAGUAUUCUGUAGCUACUCAGAUUGUAAUGGGUGGCGUAACAGGCUGGUGUGCAGGGUUUUUGUUCCAGAAGGUUGGAAAACUUGCAGCAACUGCAGUAGGCGGCGGCUUUCUUUUGCUACAAAUAGCUAGUCAUAGUGGCUACGUACAAGUGGACUGGAAAAGGGUUGAAAAAGAUGUAAAUAAAGCGAAAAAGCAGCUCAAAAAGCGGGCCAACAAGGCAGCGCCUGAAAUCAACACACUGAUUGAAGAGUCAACAGAAUUUCUGAAACAGAACAUCGUGGUAUCUGGCGGGUUUGUUGGAGGCUUCUUGCUGGGUCUUGCAUCUUAAGGACAUGGCCUUCCAUCUUCUCGCUGGCUUAAACCAUGAUAAAGAAGUACGGUAGCACCGUCUUUAAGUGGGGCACGCUGAGUCGCUCGCUAAUCAAUCCUGAGCAAGAAGGAUGGAUUUGUCAGACAAAUCACAGUACUUUACAUUUUAGGCUUUGCCUCCGUAAGCUUGCCCCAAGAGGUUUGCUGAAAAUUCUGCAACGUCUUCAGUAGCAUUCCUGAAGAAGAAAACACCUAGCUAACUUUUGUCAUGACUUUUAUUACUGUAUCUCCAUAUUCUCCAUUCAGAAUUCAGCAUAUUUAAUACGUUAUCUUUUGGCUCUGCACUUUUUCCAGUUUUUUGAGGGGUAGGGUAUAUAUAUUUAUUAUUUAAUGCUAUCUCAUACUGUGGUUAAUAAUGCCUAUGACUAAAUGUGUAAGAUAUUGUGCUUCAAGCGUGGGGCUAGCCAUCUUCUGUAGAAAUCACUGCAAUAACAAUCUAUAAUCUGUAAUACUUUUUUUCUUUUGCAAAGAUGAAAUAACAAGCAUUUGUGAACCUAUUAAAGAGUGAAGAUUGAUUAUUG